AUGUUCGAGAAUCUUCAAAUGACUGAGCAGCUCUACGGCAAGCAUGCCGCGGCUCUUUACGCCCAGGCUGCUGACUUCAACAAGACUGCGCGCUUCUACUACAUGAAGGCCCAGGAUGCCUACUACCUUGCCAAUGCUCAGGCUUCCUAUGAUGACUGGCGCCGUGCUCGCCGCCAGUGGGAUUACUUCUACCGCAGGAAGUAA